CCAGGCAUCAAUCGUAAAGACCAUUCGCCAAUGUUCUCCGAGAGAUGAUUGUUCGCCCGCCUCCCAAUCCGAACUGGAACAUUUUGGCGGCGUUGAAGAAGAUGGCGGAAAAUUUAAACGGGUGCCGUGUGCUGUGCAAAUCCACCUUGAAUCACCUGCAGUAUUUGUGUCGACAAGAACGGGUUGAGUGUCCACAACUGGGUGUUACCAGAAAGAACCUUAAUGAUUUUGAGGUGGAGUAUCUCUGCGACUAUAAAAAGAAGGGGGAACAGGAAUAUUAUCUUGUGAAGUGGAAAGAGUUUCCCGAUUCUGAGAACACAUGGGAACCUCGCAAAAACCUUCGAUGUGUGAAGAUCUUGAAGCAGUUCCACAAAGACUUGGAUCAGGAACUGAAGAGACUUAAACUUAGACGCAACGUGAAGAAACUGGACCACAGCUUGUCUCAUUUCUUAGUACAGAAGGCCAAGCAGAGAAAACUGCUGCAGCAGUGGGAAGCUCAUUUGAAUGCAACACGGGAGCAUAAAGGAAGAAUCUUUGUUAGUAAUGAAGUGGAUCUUGAUGGUCCACCUAAAGACUUUACCUACAUUAACAAUUACAAAGUGGGUGAUGGCAUUAUUCUGACUGAGGUGGCCAUUGGAUGUGAGUGCAAAGAUUGUCUUCAUGACCCUCUCAAUGGUUGUUGUCCUGGAGCAUCCCUCAAUAAGUUUGCCUACAAUGAUAAAGGCCAGGUGAAGAUUAAAGCUGGCUUGCCCAUCUAUGAAUGCAAUUCUCGUUGCAACUGCGGACCUGAAUGCUCUAACAGAGUUGUGCAGAAAGGCAUACAGUAUGACAUGUGCAUUUUCAAGACAGAGGAUGGCCGUGGCUGGGGAGUACGCACCAUGGAAAAGAUUAAAAAAAACAGCUUUGUUAUGGAGUAUGUUGGAGAGAUUAUAACAUCUGAAGAGGCAGAAAGAAGAGGGCAUAUAUAUGACAAGCAAGGUGCUACAUAUCUGUUUGACCUGGACUAUAUAGAAGAUGUAUACACAGUGGAUGCAGCACAUUAUGGCAACAUCUCUCAUUUUGUGAAUCAUAGUUGCAACCCCAACCUACAAGUUUACAAUGUUUUCAUCAAUAAUCUGGAUGAACGGCUUCCACGUAUUGCAUUUUUUGCCACACGAACAAUCAAGGCUGGUGAAGAACUAACAUUUGACUACAAAAUGCAAAUUGACCCAGUGGAUGCAGAAAGUACAAGAAUGGAUUCAAAUUUUAGCCUGGCAGGAAUGACAGGCUCUCCAAAGAAGCGACUUCGAGUGGAGUGCAAAUGUGGUGUUGAAUCUUGUAGGAAGUAUUUGUUUUAAAACUUUUGCAAGUGUGUACAUAUAUAUACAUAUAUAUAUAUAUAUAUAUUAAAAUUUUUAUUUUAAUGAACGGGUUGGGGCGGAUGAAGCUAUGGUAGCUACAAUGAAUUGAACAGCUCAUUAGAUGUUUCGGCUUUGCAUCCAGGCCUUUUAUUACAUUUGUUAAAUUAUGCUAAAAAAAAAAAAAAAGGCAGGCUAUGGUCCAGCUCCCAGCACAGUCUCAUUGUUGUCCAAUAUGUGUCAUGUCCUAAUGAGUCCAACUGCAUUUUACAGACAAGUCUUUUUGUUUCUUGCUUUGUGCUAUGACCAAAAUGCAUUGGAGGCAGGCAUUUGUUCUUUCUGGUAGCUUAUGACAACAUACCAAAAAUAUUAAGUAAUGAAGGACUGAUAGAGGACGAGUGAAAAAAAUCUGUCCAAGAUUAUACAGUUUACAUUUUAUUUCCAUUUAAUCCUACUUACUGUCCGCUAUCUGUAUUUGUGUCUACAUUAUAUGCGUUUUCAGUUUUGCUAUUCAGAAUCUUGUUGUUCUGGCUAAAGGCUACAAGGGAAAAAUGUGGAAACACACAUAGUGUUCAGGUUAUUUUCAUUUGUAAAUUGUUAUUUUUUUUUUAAUUGGUAGAUUAGUUCGCAUUCCCAUUUAACAUUGUUUAUAGUGCAAAGCUUAUUUCAACACUCUCAAAGAAAUAUGAAAGAUUGGGUUGAUAUGGUGUAAAAUGUGUUCAUUUUUUAUUGGCUAAAUACUGAUCCACUACAACAAAAAAGUUAUAGGUGGUUUAUUGUUUAAUUCAGAAGCAAGCUAUUUAUGUCUAGUUUUUUUAAAAUUAUGGUCUUAAACUUAGAGUUCAUAUUUUGUAUGUUUUAAUCAUAAGUUUACAUUUUAUAUUCUACAAAAUAUACAGGCGUUUUGGUGCUGGAUAGUCUUGCUGUUCAGUAGCUAAAACCCAUCCAUUUUAUUCUCCACCUGUUCUGAGAUGCUUAUCCACAGAAAAUGACAUGAAUGAUUUUAUUAGAAAAAGAAAAAUGUACCAGAUACAUUUUAUGCAUUUCAGUCUUUUUCCAAAGGGAGGAUUCUGAUUAUACCUGUUUAUUAUACUUUAAAUUGGGCAUAUUAAAAUUACAAUGUGCAACUGAAAAAGAGCACUUGCGGUAGGCUUUCUAUUACUCCAGACUGAAAUCCUACAUUUUGAAACCCCUGUUUUUGUGUACAGAUUAACAAUCUUUAGAAAAGACUUGUGAUUUAGGUUUCUUGUGAUUUGGUACAGCUGCCAUUAUUCCCAUAGAUAAUACUAACAAAGUGUAUGUUGUUUGAAUGAUACAUUGUAGGAUUUGCCAGAAAUGAGCUGCAGAACAAUUUUGAAUUGUGAAUUGUUAUUUCUGCUUUUAUGUAACUAUACUUAACAAAUUUUAAUAUACAAUUAGAUUUUUUUUUCUACUUAGCUGUGCUGAAACUGUGCACAAACAAAAAAAAAAAGUUUCUUUAAAAUGAAGAUGGGCAUGUUUGUUUCUAUGCAUAAAGUUGUUGGGGUUUUCUUUUAAUUCAUGAAAGACACUGCUGCUAAACUCAUUUUAACAAUUGCCUUAACCAUCCAUUACCAGGAUGUAAAAGAUUUCAAACUGUACAUAUGAGAGUUUGUUACUUUUUGUAUUGUCUGAAGAAAAGUCCUGGGAUUUUUCAUGUUUGUCAGCGUUUUAGGGGAGUGGGGAUACUUCCUGUUCAUAAUUUAUCACAUAUAUUCUAAAUCUAACUGUCCCUUCAUUGGUAAUGAGAUGUUAGAAGGCCUAUAAUAUUUCAACACUGAGCUCAUGCAGUGUUUAGCUGUUAUUUCAAACCAGGGUAUGUUACUUGUUGUUUUGUUUUGUUUUUUUUUAGGGGGGGGGGGGUGUUUAUGGGUGGUUGAUUGCAAUUGUGUUGAUAAUUCCAUUGUGUGCCAUUGUUUCAAUUUG